UCAGCCUUUCGGUUUUCGCUCCGUGAUUUUUUGACUUAACUGCAUUUAUUUAGUUAAAAACGUUAGGAGUAAUUUAUUUUGCCAACAAAGCACCUAUUUCUUUAUUAAAUCGUAUGAAAUGUUACUGAUUUUUAUCAUUAUUUAUGAACUUUACUUACAUUGAAGGGUGAGAGUAGCGUUUUUUUAAUUUGUACAAUUUACAUGAUAUUUAUGAAAUUAUUAAGGUAUCGGGUAUUUAAGUAAACCACGGUGUCGAAAAAAAACGAGAUUUCCUCCAACACGGAGACGGAUUACAGAUUCAAAGUAAGUUUUUAAUGCCCGCCGCCAGUUUCGGGGCUCAGCUUCCCCCUCUUGGCGACGGGGGCAUCAAAGACGUGUGGAAUUCCAACCUACAUGAAGAAUUUCAAAUAAUAAGACAGGUGGUGCAGAAGUACCACUGGGUUGCUAUGGACACAGAGUUCCCCGGUGUAGUGGCACGGCCUAUUGGUGAAUUUAGGUCCACUGCAGACUACCAGUACCAGCUACUCAGGUGCAAUGUGGAUUUGUUGAGAAUCAUUCAGCUGGGCCUCACAUUCAUGGACGAGAAUGGCAAAACACCGCCAGGCUACACCACCUGGCAAUUUAACUUCAAAUUUAAUUUACAAGAAGACAUGUAUGCGCAGGACUCCAUAGACUUAUUGCAGAACUCGGGGCUCCAAUUCAGGAAGCAUGAGGAGGACGGCAUUGAACCGCUAGAGUUCGCCGAGUUGCUCAUGACAUCAGGCCUGGUUCUCAUGGACAACAUCAAAUGGUUAAGCUUUCACUCCGGUUAUGACUUUGGCUACCUGCUAAAGCUGCUCACCGACCAGAAUCUACCACAAGAUGAGAAUGACUUCUUUGAGAGUCUACGGCUGUAUUUCCCUACAGUUUACGAUGUCAAGUACCUCAUGAAGCUCUGCAAAAAUUUGAAGGGCGGAUUGCAGGAGGUGGCAGACCAGUUGGAGCUGCGGCGCGUUGGGCCGCAGCACCAGGCUGGUUCCGACUCUCACCUCACUGGGAUGGCGUUCUUCAAGAUCAAAGAGAUAUUUUUCGACGACAACAUCGAGAGCUCAAGCGGGCACCUGUACGGUUUGGGCGCCCCGUUCUCCGCGUCCGCGAACACCUUCCAGGAGGGCGGCGAGGCGGGCACCUCGUCCUGAUCGGCGGAGGCCGGCGCGCCCGCCCCGUCCCCGCGCCUGUACCUACAGGAGUGAACCGCGCCCGCCGCGCCGGCGACUACCUUCCUGCCUCGAGUGCGUCACUCACACAAUACACUGGACUCUAAAGUGAAUGGAACUCGCAUAUGAAUAUGAAUUGAAAAUGAUUUAUUCCCUAAUUGUUACUGUGCGUCCUCGGUUUUAAAAGUAUUUUACCGUUCAAAAAGAAUGAAAAUAUUUUUAAAAUAAUGACAUUUAUUUUUUAAAUAGGUGACUCAUAUUUUUAUCAAUUGUCACAUAACGUGUUAGUUACGUUUUUAAACAUAAUUUUAAGCUUUCCAUAUUAUUUACAUUUAUUUUAUUAUGUCUAUAUGAAAUGAAGUGUGUAAGCCGGUAUAGAAUUAUUUUACAGUGGUAUACAUUAUUUCACUAAAAUGAACUUUGAUAAUAACAUUAUUUUUUACCAAUGACAAUUUACCACAAUGCAACUGAAGCGUAUUUUAAGUGUUUAACGCAAUUCCAGAAAUAGGCAGGUCAUGUUUCUUUUCCGAAAUUACGUUGAUGUAUAUGCUACCAGCUUGCCUCAAAACGCAUGUUACUACCUAUUCACUUCAGUACGCUCUAGAUUCUCUAAAACAUAGACGUAAGAAAUGCGAUUGUGACUCAAGUUUCAACGUAUUUAACAGCCAAACUUGUAUUAUGAGUUCAAUGAAACCAGUCGGUGCUUAGUUUUAAUUUCGUUUGAUAUUCGCACUUUUACAAAAAUGGCUUCCCGCCAUAGUUUUCAACGUUAAACAUAACAGUGAAACCUAGCAUCCACGUCCUGGUGAACCAUACAUGCAAACAAAUAUUGACGAACUACGAUUAGGAUCACAGACGUUUUGGCGCAACUGGCCCUUACUCUAUCUAAAAACACUGAAACUGCAAAAUAGACAUCGCAUGUCAACUUGCUUGAAGCACAAGACACAGCAUAAUGAAAGGUGCAUUGUAUACGAACAAAAUCUAGUUCCUAUCACUCGGCUUCGACUCCUGGGAACAGUAUUUGAUAUUUAAUUUACGACGAUUGGGAUGAUUAUUUUAUAAUGAACUGAUUUUACUUAAUUUUUAUAUACUAUUUGGUGCGUCUUUUUUACGUGUCUUAUACUUAUUUAUAAUCAUGUAUUAGCUCGAUACAAUUUUUUUUUAUAUUUUGGCAUUAAUGUAAGGGAUAUUUUUUUAACGUGCAGCAAUACCAUGUUUAUUUGUCUUACUAUUGUACAGCGAAAAAUUGAAAUUCAUUCAUAACUGUAUAUGCACUAUUGCACCUGUGUGUACAUAAUUGCAUAUAGGAUUACUUAUCAUUAUAUUCAUAACGUGACGCUGCUAAACAUGAAAUUUUGUUUUAAACUGGAACUUCUGUAACUAUCAUGUGACACAUCGAAUUUCAGAAAUUAUUUAUAUAACGUAAAUGAUCAAAUAAUAAUUUCUACGAGUCUGAAUACUUAGGUACUUAUAUUUAUAAAAUACUGAAUUGAAAUUCAUUUGACAUUUUUUGUGAUAAAAAUAUCUGUAAAUACAUAGGUAGAAAAUGAUACUCCUACGGUGUUUCUAUUCUUGUAACAAAUAAGACACUUAUGAUUUCGGACUAUGUCUUUGACUAGUGCGGAUGGACGGAUGCAUUUAUUGAAGUCGACAGAAAAACGCGAGUGGCAUGACUGAAGCAGAUAAGAUUUUAUAAUUACACUUAAUAAUAGGUAAUAUUACGCGAAACUCUGCCACUACCACAAUCCAUCACAAUCUGAGGGUAUACCGCGAAACAAGAACACGCGUGUCCCGGUAGACCCUUUGUAAACAAACCGCCUGAUGCAUCAAUGUCAUAAUUUUCUUUUUGUGAUAACUUGUCAAAAAACAGUUUAAAAAAGGCGCAGUACCUAGUACCUAUGUAUAAGGUUACUCUAUGGUUUACGAUAGGCGCUAGUGCUGCACUCUGGCGACAGAACCUUGCAGUAAUAGAGUUAGACCAAGAAAAGUCUGCAGAGAUUUUGAUAACCCACGCAGUGCAAGUGUUAUUUUAAACGUCAUAAUUUCAUAGAAGUUUGACGUUUAAAGUAAAACUGCAUUGCGUGCUAUCAAAAUCGCUGCAGACUUUUCUUGGUCUAACUACCCCCUAUUAUAAGAAAUUUGUUGGCCACUUACAACAAAUAGUUUUCGCCAUCUAAGAUUAUCAAUGAAUUUAAGGAUUUUCAGGCCGUUUUCACCUAUCAAGGGAAGGAUUCUUGAGGAAGGUUUAGGUGUAUAAUUUGCAGGGCGGAUAGCUAGUGUUUCAUAAGUUUUGAUUCAGUCAGUGUGCGUUACCCCAGAGCGCGCCGCGCUCUGUCUCUCUUCCGUGGUUACCCCUUACUUGACGAUAUAGAACCAGAUAAAGAACGGGUGAAAAAAUAUUAUGUAACAAUUUUCACCCGUUCUAUCAUCUAAUCACAUUUUAAACCGUUGAAAAUUAUCCUUCAAUUUGAUGCUCCCAUGAUUACUUAAAUAUAUAGGAAGGUAUGUAUUUAUAUGAUGUAGUGUUAAUUUUACAAAGUAAAUAUUGUAACACGAUGUAUUUUUGGGUCUCAGGCACCUGACGGAUUUUAGCAAUGUUUUUAAAUAAAUAUUUGAAGGCAUACUAAAAAUAUGUAACGGGUCCAUCGCCAA